AUGCGCUUUCCAGGAGUGAAAUGCGCAGCCAAUGAAUGCGACGGAAAUGGUGAGAACCCUAGGGAUACACAAAUUGUAACUGUGAAAAACAGUAUGUGUGAAGCGCCAGUCAAUAAAGUUCACACCCGUAUCCACAACGUAGCGAUUGCCCUGGAACGUCAGCAAUACCACGGCCACAAAGAACAGAAGGAAACUAUAGUGAAGGAACUAGCUGAUGUAUAA